CCCCGACGUCUGCCGGAAGUGCACGGAGGAGUUCCGGGGGCCAGGCAGCCGCCACGGGUCUGGUAUCCUGAGCUUCGUGAGUUGAGCGCUGCGGCUCCGCGGUGGAGUCACCGCACCGCUCCCGGGAUCAUGGUGUUCUACUUCACCAGCAGCAGCGUUAAUUCAUCUGCCUACACUAUUUACAUGGGAAAAGAUAAAUAUGAAAAUGAAGAUCUGAUCAAGCAUGGCUGGCCUGAAGAUAUCUGGUUUCAUGUGGACAAACUCUCUUCGGCUCAUGUAUACCUUCGAUUACAUAAGGGAGAGAAUAUAGAAGACAUCCCAAAGGAAGUGCUGAUGGACUGUGCCCACCUUGUUAAGGCCAAUAGCAUUCAAGGCUGCAAGAUGAACAACGUUAAUGUGGUAUAUACGCCGUGGUCUAACCUGAAGAAAACAGCUGACAUGGAUGUGGGGCAGAUAGGCUUUCACAGGCAGAAGGAUGUAAAAAUUGUGACAGUGGAGAAGAAAGUAAAUGAGAUCCUGAACCGAUUAGAAAAGACCAAAGUGGAGCGGUUCCCAGACCUAGCAGCAGAGAAAGAAUGCAGAGAUCGUGAAGAGAGGAAUGAGAAAAAAGCCCAAAUUCAGGAAAUGAAAAGGAGAGAAAAAGAAGAAAUGAAGAAGAAGAGGGAAAUGGAUGAACUUAGGAGCUAUUCAUCACUAAUGAAAGUUGAAAAUAUGUCUUCAAAUCAGGAUGGCAAUGAUUCAGAUGAAUUCAUGUAAAAGGAGAAAAGGAGAAAAGGACCUUUGAAAGAUGUGAGUGUAGAGACAGUUGCAGACCUUUUGGUUUCAUCUGUGUUCUGAAGUAUAAAAUACAACCAAAAUUCUACCUUCAUCUUACCCAGAAAUUAUUGAUUUUCGAGUUUUAAAAAAAAUUGUACCUUUUUUGCUGACAGAAAAGGAUCAGAUAUGUAUAAAAUAGUUGAACUUGACAGCAUAUAACUUAAAGGGAAAAUGUUUUUGCCAGAACAUGUCUCGGUACCUUGUGAAAGCAGGCUGCCCUUGUUCUUGAGAUAGACUUUAACAUGAACCAGCUCUGAAAAGUACUUCUGCUGCUCUGGUCUAUCCCUGGAAACAGAUGUCUUGAAACACUUUUCAUAUUCUUAAAAUAAUCUUCACUUCUGUUAAGAAGAACAUGUUGGUGGGUAAUUAUGCGAAUGUUUCCCUGUCCCUGAUUUCCUGAUUAGAAAAAAGGGCGUAUGGGUUUUGAAAAAGAUUUUUCAGAAGAUUGUCAGCUUCAGUAUUCACGUUCCAUGGUGUCAUCUGGGUCUGUUAGUGUAGUGACCCUCAGCGCGGUCUGUCCCAGCGUUUACGUCCUUGCUUCCUCUGAGCAGGGGCCUCCAUCUUAGUAUCAUCAUAUUUAAAGAAAUUGAUGGUGUUCAUCAAGGUGGGGCCUGUGGUAGUUGUUGCCUGAGCACCAGGUAACCCAAGCCACCUAUGUGACAACUUCUGGGCCCAGGAGUAGUUUCUCAGCAUUGAGGGUAAAAUAGGAUGGAGUGCUCUGUUGAUCAUUUGGGAGAUGUAGGUUACCUGAUUUGUGCCUUGGGAUGCAGCAUGAAGCAGAAGUCCAUAUUGCAAUUAUGAUUUUAGAAGGAACUAAGCGUUUUACUCACACCCACAGCAGCAAGAAUGACCUCCUGCAGCAGAUAUUCCACCUGUAAUAGCACUUUGGAACUGUGGGCAAAACCAAAAGGCUAGUGUUUCCAUUUAUUCCACGUUGGUGUAUGGGGUUGAACUGGAAAAUCCCCUGAGGCAAAACUCACAGGCCAAAUUUUGAGAGGGUAUGGAAAAUGACUUUGGAGAUGAGUGGUUUUGUGUAUGUGUCUGAUGAUAUUCAGUCUGAUGUUCUGCAAUUUAAAAAGUUAUAAUAAAGUAUCAUUUUUUUAUCUGGAA